CACAGCAGCCCCUACCUGCGUCUCAGUGUAUGCGGCGACCAGACAGCCGCCGCAAAAGAAUCUGUCCCAGUAUGGCGACCCACCAACCUGGCUCGCAGCAAAUCCAUCACUAGUCCCUUCAAUUUCCCCGCAGAGGCAACCACCCCCUGUGCCUGCCAGCAGAAUGACCAGAACUCCACCGCAGUCGUGCGUCUGCGGACCCAGCGGGAGCAACCGCCGCCCGAACGGCCGGCGACGACAUUUGGACGGAUCACUGAUUCCCUGCGCAAAUCCAUCAAUAAGUUUGCGGACAAGUCAGAAUGGAAGAUGGAGGCAAUAAAGGCACAGCAUCGGGAGGCAAGAACAUUGAUCUUGCUGAAUGAAACUCAAGCCGAGUUACGGAAAGUGGAGGCUCGAUGUUCUGGCUUGAAACGUCAAAACGAUCAACAGGAGGCUCGAAUGACAGUCCGCGGAGAGGAGAUUGAACGACUUACGGACACGGAGCGCCAGCUGCGUCGAGAAUUACGCAAUUGGCAACAGCGAGUAUUCGAGCUGGAGGCAGAGACUCAAGAAAUAAAACGUAACAGCCAGAUUGCAGAACUCGAGAUGAAAAGCCGGCUGCUGGAAGCAAAUAUGCGGAUUUCCCAGAUGGAGCAACUGCUGCAGCAGAACUCAACUUUCUCCCAAAUUAUGCAAGCUCCCCUUAACUUACACAGUAUGUCCUUCGGAUCCUUGAGUGAACUAGAGCUCAAGGCUGACGUUUAA